AUAAACCGUUUUAUGAUUGGACGGUUAGCUUCCAGAUGAGCCUCCUCCCGUUUUAGCACAAUCACUUCACUUUUUUUUUUUCCGGCUACUACGGUUUUGUGCCUGUUUGACCAAUCCCUCAGCUCGGUACACUUCGGGCAGCGAAUUUGGACUCGAAUAGCCUGUGAAGAUAAUUCCCCAAAUCCCCUGAUUGUCAGCGACACCCGGGUUUCUUCAUCUUAGAGCGACGCUAAACAUAAAAAAAAAAAUAAAAAAUAAAAAUGGACAGGACGGAUCUGAUCCAGAAGGCCAAGCUGGCGGAGCAGGCUGAGCGCUAUGACGACAUGGCAGACUGCAUGAGAGAGGUGACGGAGAUGGGAGGCGAGCUGUCAAACGAGGAGAGGAACCUGCUCUCUGUCGCUUACAAAAACGUGGUUGGGGCGAGGCGGUCCGCCUGGAGGGUGAUGUCCAGCAUCAGCCUGAAGACCGAGGGCAGCGAGAAGAAGCAGCAGAUGGUCAAGGAGUACCGGGAGAAGGUGGAGAAGGAGCUGGAAGACAUUUGCAACAAUGUUUUGAAACUGCUGGAUAAUUAUUUAAUCAGCAACUCCAAAAACGCAGAGAGCAAAGUCUUCUAUCUAAAGAUGAAGGGAGACUACUAUAGAUACCUUGCUGAAGUUGCCUCUGGAGACAACAAGUCCAAAACUAUUGAAAACUCACAGCAAGCGUACCAGUCUGCGUUUGACAUCAGCAAGACCGAGAUGGAGCCCACACAUCCCAUCCGCCUGGGUCUGGCUCUGAACUUCUCAGUGUUCUUCUACGAGAUCCUGAACUCCCCGGAUAAGGCCUGCGAGCUGGCCAAAAAGGCAUUUGAUGACGCUAUUGCAGAGUUGGACCAGCUACAUGAAGAGUCCUACAAGGACAGCACCCUUAUCAUGCAGCUCCUCAGAGACAACCUCACGUUAUGGACAUCAGAUAACGCUCCCGAGGAGGGUAAUGCUGGAGAAGGAGAGGCUGGCGAGACUGAGAACUAGAGCAUGCAUGCCCUAACUGUUGGGAAAACAACACAAAUGAUUUAAAAAAAAAAAAAAAAAAUCAACUUUUCUCAUUAUAUGCUCCAUAACACUCCACUGCUACAUUCCAUUGCUGAAAAUGACCUUAAGCAACCAAAAUGAAAUGUUUCAACACAUCAGAUUUGGAGACUUCGUUCCGUUCCUGUAGUUUUUCUCUCGGCCUUCCCAUCUUGUGCAGGUUCGGCUGUAGAAAAGUAAAAAGGUAUCUGAAGGGAUUUAUGAGACCCCCUUUAAAGGCAAAGGUAGAAAAUGAAAUCCUCAUUGCAUCACUUUGCAGUUUUUCUACCAGAUUAUGUGGUACUGUUAUACUUCUUUGGGUCUAAUUUGAAGUAAAUGUAAUUUUUGUUCUACGAGGAAAAGCCAGUGCACUUUCACUUGCUGGCUGAACGUGUUUGAACACAGCCAAGUACUGCCCAGUGGCUGAAUGUUCACCGUCUGCCAUUUCUGAUCGCAGUGACCCGUUCACUGGAGUCUGUCUGUUUGGGGUCAAUUUACUGUUCUUUUCUGAUUAAAUACUAGUUUGUUGUCGGUGCAGAAGCCAUUCCUGAUCCUGCUCUUCUGUUCAAAUUUUACACUGGAAUGGGAACAAAUAGUUUUUACCCACUCUGCAAAAGUGAAAUCUGUUAGUCUGUUUGGUGAUGCACGUUUUUUCUGUUGAGAUUUGGACCACUUUUGUUUUGUAAUUAAUUCAGUCGGUAGUCCCCAAACGCCUCGUGAAACUGUUGAAUCCUGAUGCAUCCACUAUGUUAACAUGAAUAAAACAUUUUCUAAGCCAA